AUGGCAGAUAUCGAAAUGGUAGAAGCACGAUCAAACACGGCGGACGGAAGCGAUUCCUCAGAAUAUGUGGAGUUUUGGAUUGAUCUGUUCCUGGGACGCAAGGGUCAUGAAUACUUCUGCGAUGUAGACACGGACUACAUAGUGGACCGAUUCAACCUGAUAAACUUGCAGAAGACGGUGAACAAGUUCACGCAGGUGAUCCAGUACAUUGUGGACGAACUGGACGACACGCUUCUGGAGCAGUUGUCAAACGGACGGAUGCAGCAACUGGAGCACGACGCUAGCAAGCUAUACGGGCUGAUCCACGCACGGUACGUGAUCACGAUCAAGGGUCUACAGAAAAUGCUGCAGAAAUACAAAGAGGCCGAUUUUGGCCGGUGUCCUCGCGUUUACUGCAAUUUCCAGCCGCUGCUGCCGGUUGGGCUGCACGACGCUCCGGGCGUCGACUGCGUGAAGCUGUACUGUCCGUGCUGCGAGGACCUGUACGUGCCGAAAUCCACACGACACAGUGCCAUUGACGGAGCGUAUUUCGGCACAAGCUUCGCAGGCAUGUUUUUACAGGCGUUUCCUGAAAUGGUGCCCAAGCACCCCGUACAACGGUACGUGCCUAAGAUUUUUGGUUUUGACCUGCACAAACAGGCGCAGGUAGCGAGAUGGCAGGAGUUGCAACGUCUGAAGCUUGAGAAGCGGCUUAAGACUAAGGGAGUGGACGGUGGCUACAAAUAG